AUGAAACGAGGGUACCUUAACAGGGCCACUUUUGGCCUAUUAAUAUUCCAACUUUUAUUACUACCCCAAGUUUAUUCAGAAAAAACGAAACAGAAGAAACAUCGACCUAGACAAGUCCAAUCUCAACAGACUGUUAACGGUGAAUACAGCGAAUACGAUUAUUACGAUAAUUAUGAAGAAUAUGAAGAGAAAAAUGAGACAACGAUACCAUCGUCGUCCAUACCUUCAAUAAAUAAUAAUUUAGGACGUGGAAGAACAAAUAUUGACUCAACAAUAUCAACAUUUAGGCCAGAAUCAAAUACAGAUUUAUCAUCACCACCAACGACACGAUUUUUUGAACAAGAAGACAUACAUUCUACGGUGGAAACCUACAACAAUAAUAAUCCUUUAGUAACGGAAAUAGUUCCUGGAGAAAGUAAUUACAUAAGUUCUGUAGCAGUACCUGGACCACGUGGACAACCUGGGCGUCCAGGGGAUAGUGGAAGACCGGGUGACUCAGGAUAUCCGGGACAACCAGGAACUCCUGGAAUACCAGGACCACCUGGACCACCUGGACCUUUACCUGAUGUAUCACUGUAUUAUCAACAACUCGCUUUAUCUCAAGCAAGCGAUGACAAAGGUCCAUCGGAUCUGCGACCAUAUCCUCUACCUGGACCUGGUCCUGUUGGUCCUCGAGGGCCUCCAGGACCAGCAGGUUUGCCUGGUCCGCAAGGUUUCCAAGGUCUUCGUGGAGAGCCAGGAGAACCAGGAUUACCAGGUACACCGGGAUCUCCUGGUCCACGAGGUUUACCAGGAUUACCAGGAAGAGAUGGUGAAGGUGGUGAGAAUGGAGAAGUAGGUCCGCCAGGAUCACAAGGACCAGUAGGACCAAGAGGGCUUGCAGGAAUGCCUGGUUUACCAGGUGUUAAAGGACACCGUGGCUUUCCAGGAUUGGAUGGUGCUAGAGGUGAACAAGGUAUACCUGGAGAGAAAGGAUCCUCUGGAGCACCUGGUCCGAUGGGACCAAUAGGACCAGUGGGUCCUGUUGGUCCACGAGGAGAAAGGGGUAGAGAAGGAUUACCAGGACCACCAGGAAUAAGAGGAAUCGAUGGAAUUCAUGGACCCCCGGGUCAACCUGGUGCAUUAGGUAAACCCGGUCCACCAGGGUUCCCAGGAAAUCCUGGAAUUAAAGGAGAUCAAGGAGCUCAAGGCCCAAAAGGAAGUCAAGGCUUACAAGGUCCACGUGGCGAAGCAGGACGGCCAGGACAGCCUGGAGAAUCUGGACCACAAGGUUUACAGGGUAAAGAUGGAGUACCUGGUGAAAAAGGAAGCUCUGGUAUACAAGGUUUAGUUGGGUUACCUGGUUUUCCUGGAUCUCGUGGAGAACCUGGCAUACCAGGUAAUCCUGGUUCACCUGGAGCGAAAGGAACACCUGGGUUGCCUGGUGAAAGGGGAUACAAAGGUGAUACAGGAAUAAAAGGUGAUCAAGGAUCACCAGGUCCACGUGGCUUCCCAGGAUUACCUGGUACCGAAGGAAAGAGAGGAAAGAGAGGAAUGCAUGGUCCAAUUGGACCAUCUGGCCCACCUGGUGAACGUGGUAUACAAGGACCACGUGGGUUACCUGGUUCUGAUGGUCCUAUGGGUCCCAAAGGUUCACCUGGCGAUCGUGGAUCUAUAGGUCCAACAGGUUCAAAAGGAUCAAUGGGAGAUCCAGGUCGUCCAGGACCACCCGGAAUACAAGGUGCACGUGGUAUAACAGGCCGUCCAGGAUCACCUGGCAAACCAGGUAAUGCAGGAGAGCGUGGAAUUCAAGGUGCAGAUGGAAGACCUGGUGACCAAGGACCACCAGGACCACAAGGUUUACCUGGAGCGUUAGGUCCUCCUGGAGAGAAAGGUUUUCCAGGUGAAGCUGGUAAAGACGGUGAGCCUGGUAAUCCUGGUUCUCCUGGGCCUCGAGGUGACGCUGGUAAAGAAGGUUCUCCAGGAUCACAAGGUCCACCAGGACCACCAGGCAGUGCUGGAGAAAGAGGACCACCAGGUUUAACAGGGCCCAGAGGUUUUCAGGGUCUUCCUGGAAUAUCUGGCAAUCCAGGUCUACCUGGUAAAGAUGGGGAAAUGGGAAUUCAAGGACCACCCGGCCCUGCUGGUCCUGCUGGAAACAGAGGCGAACGAGGUUUUCCUGGUGAAAGAGGUUUAAUUGGAGCACCAGGACUAGCAGGAUCUCGAGGAGAACCAGGCAUUCAAGGUGUCGAUGGACUUCCUGGAUUACCUGGACUCAAAGGAGAAAUGGGACAAUCUGGUCCACCAGGAUUGGUGGGUUUACCUGGAAUACGUGGCUUUCCAGGAGAGCCUGGACAGAAGGGUGAAAGAGGAAUGUUUGGUCCUGUCGGACCAGAAGGACCAUCCGGUCGUAUCGGAGAGCGGGGUCCACAAGGACCAGUUGGUCCUCCGGGACCUCCUGGAGAACCAGCUGAAAGAGGUGAUACAGGUUUGCCAGGCCCUCCAGGUGAAAGUGGAGCUCCAGGUGCGCCAGGAGAAAGAGGACCUCAAGGUUUACAAGGAUUGCAAGGAUUUCCAGGACAGCAAGGACUUAUUGGAUUACCAGGAUUGAAAGGAGACCGUGGUUAUCCAGGUUCUAAAGGGGAUCAAGGAAAUCCAGGAUUGCCUGGUAGUCCAGGUGAGGUAGGCCCACCAGGUUUAACAGGAUUAACCGGUGCAAAAGGAGCUAGAGGAGAACCUGGCCCCAGAGGUGAAACAGGCCUUAUUGGCCCUCCUGGACCAGCAGGCAUAAUUGGACAACCUGGAUUGCCUGGCAUUUCUGGUCCCCAAGGACCACCAGGAUUGCCAGGUAUAAAAGGUAAUGCAGGGGAUACAGGGAGACCAGGGAAUCCUGGUCCUGUAGGAAACCCUGGAAUCCCUGGUGCAGAUGGAAUUAAAGGUGAAAGCGGAGCACAAGGUCCACCAGGUUUAAUGGGACCACAAGGAUCGCAAGGUUUACCAGGUGAACGAGGUUUGCCUGGACUUCCUGGUCCAUCUGGAUUAACUGGUGCUCGAGGAAUACGUGGUGUUACAGGUGAAACAGGCUUGCCAGGAAAGCCAGGAUCAGAUGGGCCACCUGGACCACCAGGAUUGGUAGGUCCUACUGGACCUCCUGGCCCAGCUGGUGAACAAGGUCCUGAAGGACCAACUGGUAAAUCAGGCCCACCUGGAAUAAGUGGUCGUCCUGGUGAUAAAGGACCACCAGGUCCAAUUGGACCCGAAGGACCAUCCGGACCUCCUGGUAUUCCUGGACCUCCUGGUAGUAGUGGAUCACCAGGUCCUAUUGGAGAACGUGGUCCAAAAGGAGAAAUAGGACCACAGGGUGUAGAAGGACAACAGGGUGCACGAGGAAAACCUGGUCCGAUAGGAUUGCAAGGUUCCAAAGGUGAACGUGGCGAGGAAGGUGUAAAAGGAGCCAAAGGACAUCGUGGAUUUAAUGGAUUACAAGGUUUACCAGGAUCUCCAGGUAUUCCUGGAGAAAAGGGUGAACCAGGAAUGUACGGUUUACCAGGAAAAGACGGUGAACCUGGUGCUAGAGGAGCUCCUGGUAGAGAUGGAAAUCCUGGCUUAAUGGGUCUCUCAGGAAAUCCAGGACCAAGAGGACCACCUGGAGAAGAAGGUCGACAUGGAUUACCAGGUCCUCCUGGCCCACCAGGACCACCAGGACCACCUGGUGAACUUGGAUUAGGCUACGAUCCUGCUUCAUUGGCAGCAUUCAUAGCACAAGGUCAAACAAAAGGACCAGACCCAUUAAUAGGCGACGAACCAAUGAGAUUAUUUGGUAAAGAAAUUACUGAAGAGGAACGCAAAAAUCUCGUAAUGAAAGCUUACGAACAAUUAAAAUCAACAUUCCAAAAAUUAAUUAAACCAGACGGGCAGAAAAAUUCGCCAGCUAAAACCUGUAGAGAUUUGUUUGUCGCUUAUCCAGAAAAAAUAUCUGGUGAAUAUUGGAUUGAUCCAAACGAAGGUGACACAAGGGAUGCAAUUUUAGUUUAUUGCGAUGCUGAAAAACGUGCAACUUGUAUUUUACCGAGUCCAACUCGUACAGCAGAAAUUAAUUUUAUUGGUGAACAACAAGAAGUUUGGUUGAGUGAAAUAGAAAAUUUUAAGAUCACGUAUAAAGCAGACAGCAAUCAAAUAAGUUUCCUGCAAUUACUUUCGAAAAAUGCUCAGCAGAAUAUAACAUAUCAUUGUAAGAGAAGCGUAGCAUAUUUUGAUCCUGAAAGGAAAAGUUAUAGAAGAAGCAUGAAACUUCUUACUUGGAAUGAUGUUGAAAUAACGCCGCGUGGUAAUCAACGUUUGCGAUACGAUAUGAUUUUAGAUGAAUGCAGAUUUCGUCAGGAUAAUUGGAGUCAAACAAUUGUUUCAUAUAACUCAGAUAAACCAAUAAGACUUCCUAUAAUAGACGUUGCACUACGAGAUAUUGGAUUACCAGAUCAGUUUUUCUCUAUUGAAGUGGGACCAGCUUGUUAUCAAUAAACUAGAUCAUAAUUAUACAAUGAUCUACUACAAAGACAUUAAGAUACUUAAUAGGAACGUGUAUACGUUUUCCAUAUCAUUUUUACAUUUAUAAACUACAUUUAUAUUAAAAUAAUAAUUAAUCAUUACCCUUUUUUUAUAUAUAUAUAUAUAUAAUACGUUAACUUUUACGAUGAUAGCAUUUGAUACUUAUAAAUUUUCUAUGAUUUUAAUCAAAAUUAUUUAUACAUAUAUGUGUCAUUUUUGUAUGAAAAUAUAAUUUUAUUUUUCGGUAGGUAACAGGUUCUGUCGAUAACAAGUUUUGUAGGUAACAGAUUCUGUCGUUAAAUAGUAGGAAUCAGUUUGCAAUGUGACCACCAGAGGCGUUGCAUUCAUCGUUAACGUCAGCCAUUGUCAUUGCUGUUUAAGUUUUGAUAUUAUAUCGUGUCAAUAAAGUAUUUAAAAAAAAAAUAGAAUAAUCAAGUGGAAAAUCUACGAAUGAGUAUUCUUCUGAUCAUCAACUUUAAUGUUAAUUAAAAAAAGUGUGCGGAUAAAGUGA